AUGYYAAUGCACAAUGCACCAACACAAUUGGAUCAUAUACAUGUCGGUGUAACCCAGGYUCUCAAGGAGAUGGACGGACAUGCUCAAAACAGCCAUACUUCCAAGACUCACAAGGCUGGACUCUCAUAGCUCGGUUUUCAAAUAACGAUACUAAGAACUGGAUGAGAGACGAUGCUUCCUGGUGGUACAAUCUUACAACUCCACAAGGAGACGUAAAUAACACAAUUGUGAACCAAGACAUGAUCUCCGCCGCCUUCUGGUUUUUAAAGGGUAACAACAUCAAGAUCACUCGCUCUGAUGAUCCUCACCACACGGCGUUGCUGCAGACAACAUCAAACUGUUUUUCCACACAGACCUUCCGUUCAAUGAUCUCAAGCUAUGGCUAUUUUACGCAUGGCACGGAAUGGGCAAGCAAUCGGUGUCGUGGUAGCUGUCACGUGUCAUACGGGGGAAAGUAUCAGUCGACAAAUGGCUUUUCACAAAGUAAUUGCAGUAGUGACAUACAGAACAGUAGUUACAUUGGGUUCUGGUGUGAUUGGAGUGGUGGUGAUGGUGCAGUGAUGAUGAUUGGUGGAGGAGGGUCAGGGUGUGGAAGGGCCGAUCAUGGCAUCGCCGUUACAGAGGAAGAGGAGGCAGCAUUUAUGGAGGGCAGCAAUCAAGGCGAAUGUGAUUUUGGCAAUGAGGUUAUGCAUUCUGAUUGUACCACAUCUUACUCUCUUAAUUUGUGGAUUAAGUGACACCUCAGAAAAAAGCCAUAGCACAAUCAUGAACUACUUGUUUGAGAACAGUCUGUUUAUAAGAACAACAACACCUUAUUUACAUUUAAGCUAAAUAGAUACAAAAAAUAUAUAGCUGACCGCAAUUUUAGAACUUUUCUUGGCGGGUGCAAUAGAUAGAAUACUAUGUACAGAAAUAAAGAACUGGAUAUAUUUACAAGUAGUACAUGAGGAAGAAAAAAAGUACGACGAUAGACAUUCAUUGAUUCACAUAUUUACAAUUUGUAGAAAUAAAGGAGCUUGUUCAGUAUUUUGGGAUUGACUAUAGAAGAAGUGUGAUCUAUUCUUAAAAUUGUUUAAUAAUACGAUUCAGGGUUUGAAAAUGAUCCAUACAGUUCAUCAGGYAAUUCUAAAACACCAAAAAGUAGGCUUUUAUUUGAGAUCUAAAUUGAAAAUUGAAAAUCUAAAUUGUUUAUUUGCAAAGCCUGCAAACUGCUUCAUUAUACUAUACCUAAUUUAAUUAUUGUUUCAUAUUACCAGUCUUUUAUUCGAGAAUAGGAAGUCUUUUCAAGAGAAUUUUAAUGCUUACAAAUACUAAAUAAAUUCCAAACUUGUAACCUUGGAUCAGGAAAUGACUUCAAUACUACAAAAAGGUUACUAAAAAACAAUUUUCAGAAAUGUGUAUUGUUUGUUUGACGUCAUAAAAUCUAUUACAACUUAUAUUAAAAUGUGAUAUUUUUUUCUCAAAUAUCUGCUAUUCAAUAAAUCUUAGGAAUUUUUUUCCCCUAUAUUAGAAAUUAAUAUAAGCUUACAUACUGAAAACCGAUACAAAAAAGAAAUGUGAAUAAGCUAAUUUCAGUUAUCUAUUCGUGAGCUUUUCACAUAAGCCCGUGCGGGUUUCUUAAGCUCUCCUCACAUAUAUGUAUACAUGUACACUCUAAGAAAUUAAGAAAUUAACUGAUAACUGGAAAAAAUGUAAAAUACUUGUAUAUAUUAUGUAAAAUAAAAUGAUUAAUUGAUUAA